UUUUUUCACUUGUUUUUACAGUAUUGGCACAAGCUGUGCUUCAAGUGCGAGUCAUGUGGUUUGUCACUGACUAUGAAGAAUUACAAGGGGUACAACAAGACUCCCUACUGCAAUGCCCACUAUCCAACUACAAAAUUUACUGCUGUCGCCGACACACCAGAGAAUCGUCGCCUUCAGCAGCAAACUAAGAACCAAAGUAAUCUGCAAUACCAUGCAGAGCAUAAAAAGAAUCUGGAGAAGUUCACUGCUGUAUCAGAUGAUCCAGAAAGUAGACGACUAGCAAAAAAUACUCAGCAGUCUUCUAAUGUGGCAUACAAAGCAGCUGCCCCACCCCCAUCAGCAGCCAGUGCCCCUCCCCCAAGUAUGGGAUAUGCUCCAUCUCAGCAGUAUCAGCCACCAAGAAAUGAGACAUCUUACCAACCACCAAGAAAUGAGCCGUCAUCAUACCAGCCACCACCCCCUCAGCAAGUCCAGCCUCCUCCCCAGCAGGAGCCUACUCCUCCUCCUGCUCCUGUUUCCUCAUCACCUGCAUAUGUAGCACUCUAUGACUAUACUGCAGCAGAUGAUGAUGAGGUGGACUUUAAGGAAGGGGAUAUUAUCAUCAAUGCUGAUAUCAUUGAUCAAGGUUGGAUGACAGGCACUGUACAACGUACCGGUCAAAGUGGCAUGCUUCCAUCAAACUAUGUUGACCCAAACUAGAAUUAUUUUUUUUUCGCAAACUAUAGGUUGGAGACAUUGUACAUGCAUAAAAACAUAUGUCAAAUUAUCAAUCUUUUCAACUGGUGCAGCAAUUGGGUUUUGGGUAUUGUUAUCAUUGUGCACUAUAGCCUAUCAAUUAGACAGAAUUCUGUUAUAUUAGUUAUGAAAUAUUGUCACAGACACUUUGCAUAACACACAAGGUUAUUUUAUAAAUAAAAUCAAUCAAAGUGAGUAUUUCCUUUUGUGACCAAUUGCACCAAAAAUAUUAGUGUCAUCGCUAGAAAUUGUGCAAACAGAAUCACAGUAAAGUCACCAAUUAAGUGCCUUGCAAAGAAUUGAUUGUAUUAGGGAUAAACACUGAGCUAUACUAACACAAAGAUUUUUCUUGUUGUAAGUUUGUAAGAUAUGGAAGUAAAUAGUGUGGGUAUAUGGUAGGUUGGACAGAUUGACUGCAAGAAUGAGCCUUUUCAAGGAAAAACAAUAGAAAUUAAUCACACAAAUGAAGAGAAAUAAAAAUGAAGCUAUAUAUGAAUGCUUUGAUAAGUGUAUAUGUAUUGAGAUAGAAAUCAAUGACAGUGAGUAAACUAGAAUAUAGAAUUCAUAGUCAUGGCAAAAAGAAAUGCCAUCGAACACAUGGAUUAGAUAGAUUAACCAAAAUAUGACUGAAAUAGCACACAAUCUUAUAUUAUCACUGUCAUUUUAUUUUAAAAAAUAUUAUUUUACACCAUACAAAGCAAUGAAAAUUUGUCAAAACCUGUGUACCAUUAAAAUCUAUAGAUAUUUUAUAAUCACCGUUUUCAUCAUCUAUAAGUAUACUGGACUUGUAUAAGUCAGUAAAGAAUUUAAUGGGUGUAUAUACUUAAUCAUUUUACAAUAGAAUUGAAUAGGGAAAGAUGGAUGCAUUUAUGUUGUACCUUGGAGGAAGGUUGAGGUAUUUAACUGCUUAUAUUGCUGUACACACACAUACAAAUACAAUUCAGCUUGUUUCAAGUUUUGUUUUGUUCCAAACAAUCUUCUCAAGAAGUGUCAUUGAGCUCAUUUCUGGUCAUUUCAACAUAUUUCCAUGUAUAAAACAAUAAAAAUAACAGUGCUUGUAUAGCGUAUAUGACAUUAUGUCUCUAUGCGCUUCCAAAGGACUUGGAUAUUAUUACUCCGGCUUCAGUUUGAGCUAAACAUGCCUUUUACAAGCUUGAAAUUUUUCUUGCAAGAAAGUGAUAGGUUUACCACAUAACCUUCAUGUAAUUUCAUGAUAGGUUAUUCUAUCCUCCUAUACAUUCCUUGAUUUUUUUUUCAAUUAAAGGGGAAUCCAGCCGUGGUCAUAAAAUGUUGUAUCAGAAAAGAGAAAUAAAAAAAAAAAAAAUCAGAAUAGCGAAAGUUUGAAAGAAAUUGGAGAAGCAAUAAGAAAGUUAUGGCUACUAUACAAUUGAGAUCACUAACUCUAUGUAGAUUUCAAAUUGGCAACUGGAUAAGUAAAUUAUGACAAGGGGCAAGGACAACUUUCCCAUAGGCCAUGUACUUAAUUAUCAGGGAUUUAUGAUUUUCUCUUAAAAAGUACACAUUCCCCUGGGGCAGUAAGCUAAAUAUAAUCCAGGUAGUGUAGUUUUAUGUCCUCAUGAAAUAAAAAUGUAAUUUGAAGUAAAACUUUUGAAAAAAAUACAUUUUAGCCAUUUUAUGUUUUGGAGUAGUCCUUGCCUUACAUCACAUAUGCAGUUUGAGGUCUCCAUGGGUAUAGUGAAUACCAAUAUUUACGACAUUAAAAAAUUCAUAACUUUCUUAUUGUUUGUCCGAUAUUGUUUCAAACUUUCACCUAUCAACUUGUCUGUAUUUUCUUGUUCCUCUUACGUUUGGGUUGGAUUCCCCUUUAAACCUGGAAUUGCCAUGUUAGGGUUUUAUUUGGGAUUUGUAUGUUUAUUGAGGGAGAAAAAUGACCCUGGGUCAUUAAGAGACAAACUUCUGGUCAUGCAUUAUGUGUCAUCCUACUGCAGGAAAAAAAUAUGGAUCCAUAUUAUACUCUUGAUAUUAAAAGCACAUACACUUCAGGGAAAGAGACGGAAAAUUAUUGCAUGAAUAGCAUCACAUAUAUUGUGUUUUUUUAAAUAUGAGUAUAAUUUGUUUUAUGUAUGAGUAGGGGUUCACUCGAGUACACAAGUUUGUCAUGUUCACUGAUAUUGAUGAACACAGAUGUUUAUAUCAUGUUAUAAUUUGCAUACAACUUCAGCUUUACAUUGCUGUUUGGAAUGUUUUUAAAAGUAUGGUGUACAUCAUAUCAAAUAUUUCAUCUAUUGAUGUGAUAUUACAUAUAGAUAUUACCCGUUUGUACUUAAGAUUCAUGAAGUUACUUUUCAAAAGCAUUGUUUUUGUACAUAUAUUUGAGCAUGUAUACAAUACAAUUAUAUAAAAUGGCAGAUGUUUAUGUUUUUAUUAUUUCUUAAAAAUUGCAUUCAGGAAAUGAGAUUGACAAGCAUGAUAUGCAAAGCUAAUCACUUCUAAAGGAAAAUAAUCAAUAUUGAUAGCAUUGCAACAUUAGAUAAUUUAGAAAUGAUUGUCCACAUGUAUAUUAUCAGGACCUUAGUGUUAAAAUUGUAUGCAACAAAGUAUGAAUUAGAUAGAGAUAAAUUACACACUUUUGAAUUAAGAAAUAUGCCUCAUCUGUAAAGUAGUCAAAAUAUAUUUCACUGAUAUUGAAUAACUUGGUACAUAGACAAGACGAGAGUUUGUCUUUGGAUAAUCACUCAAGUCAAUGACAACCCAUAGUCUAAUCUUAAUAAUCAUUUUCAUACACUGCGGAAGUGCCUAUGUCACUAUAGACUAGCUUUUGACAUUUCAUCAUUUAUGUAUGAUGGUGUAUCCAGCUUAUGCUUUGAAGGCAGUGCAAGUCAUAUUACAUGCCCACAAAGUCAGUGGUCUUCUAAAUCCUGUUUUUGUUACAAGAGAAAUCAUCUACUUCAAUUUUACUUUCUUUUGGUCUUGGCAAUGCAUACAGAUGAGAUGUGAUAGAAGACUUACCAAGGGUAUUGUUUUACAUGAAUGAUGUAUUUUACCAACUCAAAGCUUUUUUUUUUUUUGUAGUCCUAAUUAUUAAAUUUUGACUGGAAGUAUCUAUGAAUUCACAGAAAACCAAUUGGUACUUGCCUGGUCUUAGGAAAGAACUAUAUAGUUGUGGAAAGCCAUGGAACUUGGUUCUAAAAUAUCUGUAACAACCCUGAAAAACCAAGCUUACGGUAGUUAUUUAAUAGGCAUGUAUUAAGAACACUAGACCAUACAAGGCAUAUCAAGAGAUGCCAUAAUAUAGACACUUAACAUGAAAUAGUCCAUUACCUGACCAUAUAAUAAUAACCACUCAAUAAAUGAUAUUGUACUAA